AUGUGUGGCUUUGACUUCGACAUGGAAUUCAACUGGAUACGAAUGCCCCCGAUCGAUGGAAUUAGGAGAAAAACCGUGGUAGACCCUGUCCCAACCCCUACACAUUUGGGCUGCUGCCUGGCAACAUCCAAAAAGAACUUUGAAAAACUCGGGAAAUACGACCCAGGACUCGAAAUUUGGGGAUGUGAAAAUCUGGAGCUUUCUUUCAAGGCCUGGAUGUGUGGCAGUAGGCUGGAGAUAAUUCCGUGUGCACAUAUCGGCCACAUGUUUAAGACAUAUUUGCCCUUCAAAUUUGUCGGCAGACCUGAUGCAGUUCGUAGGAACUGUCUUCGCGUUGCAGAGGUUUGGAUGGACCAAUAUAAAGUGUUUUAUGAACAUAGACUGUCGGGUUUAGAGGUUAGUUAUCUCUGUGUUUCUGCCUCUUUGUACCUGUCUCUGCAUUUCUGUCUGUCUGAAUGUGUGUCUAUGUGUCUCUUUCUCUUUUUUUUUUUUUUUUUUUUUUUUUUUUUUUGGUUUUGGUUUUUGUUUCCAUCGUAA